AUGGCCCUCCACAGAUAUGUCUUAUUCCUUGUCAUCAUGGUUUCGUUUGGUGCUUGUUAUGGCACCUUGCAAGAGGACAACCUUAGUUUAUAUGUUGAGGAUUCACCCUACAUUGAUGAUGGUAGCUCAUUCAAGGACUUCAUCAAGCCAAGUACAGAUGUUCUGAGGACUAAUUCUCGUUCGCUUAAAAUGGUCAAUGUCAAUAAUUAUGGAGCUGUAGGAGAUGGUAGAACUGAUGACACACAGGCAUUCAAGAAGGCUUGGCAAGUAGCAUGUUCUUCUCGUGGAGCAUCCGUUCUUGUAGUGCCUAAGAAGAAUUAUCUACUCAAGCCAAUCACAUUCUCUGGCCCUUGCAAAUCCAACAUCACAGUCCAGAUAUCUGGAACUCUUGAAGCAUCAGAUAAUCCAUCUGAUUAUGGCGAAGACCUCAGACACUGGCUUUUAUUUGAAAGUGUUCAGAAACUUUCAGUCAAAGGUGGUGGAACCAUCAAUGGAAAUGGAAAAAUAUGGUGGCAAAACUCAUGCAAAACUCACCCAAAGAACCCUUGCAAGCAUGCCCCUACGGCCGUGACUUUCUAUAAGUGCAACAACUCUAUAGUUGAGGAUUUGACGAUAAAAAAUGGCCAACAAAUCCAUGUCUCAUUCGAGGACUCCAAGAAUGUUAAAGUUUCUGGUCUCACUGUGACAGCACCAGAGGAUAGCCCAAACACAGAUGGAAUUCAUGUUACAAAUACCCAAAACAUUCAAAUUUCUAGCUGCGUUAUAGGAACAGGCGAUGAUUGUAUCUCAAUUGUUGAUGGAUCCAAAAAUCUACAAGCUACAGACAUAACUUGCGGACCAGGCCAUGGUAUCAGCAUCGGAAGCUUAGGGGCUGGGAAAUCCAAGGAAUUUGUUUCAGGAAUAGUGGUGAACGGAGCUAAGCUUUCUGGAACUACAAAUGGAGUAAGAAUUAAGACAUGGCAGGGAGGGUCAGGAAGUGCAAGCAACAUCAAGUUUCAGAAUAUUCAAAUGAACAAUGUGACCAACCCCAUAAUAAUAGAUCAGAGCUACUGUGACCAAAAGAAACCAUGCAAAAAGCAGAAAUCCGCGGUUCAAAUUAGGAAUGUGUUGUACCAGAACAUAAAAGGCACAAGUGCUUCUGAUUUGGCUGUGCAAUUUGAUUGCAGCCAGAACUUUCCAUGCCAGGGUAUAGUGUUUCAGAACAUUGACCUGAAACUUGAAGAUGGAGGAAAGGCUAAUGCUUCAUGCAACAGUGUUAAUUUGUCCUACAGAGGAAAUGUUAGUCCUCGCUGCCCAUAG